AUGACUUCCGUCAUAAUUCGACUGCAAAAUCUUCCAAUUUCAGCCAAUGCGUCCAAUAUCCGCAGGUUUUUCGCUGGUUUAAAUAUUCCGGAGGGAGGUGUGCACAUUGUGGGUGGCGAAAAGGGCGAUGCAUUCAUUGCCUUUGCCACGGAUGAGGACGCCAGGCGGGCAAUGCUUCUUGAUAACCAACAGAUCAAUUCUGUCCAGAUUCGGCUUUUUCUUAGCAGCAAAGCAGAAAUGCAGUCCGUCAUAGAAACGGCCAGAAGCUCAGUUAUGAUGGCUGCCCAGCAGGCGCCAAUGCAACCUGCUCCGAAUCAUCAAGAUACUUCAAAGUUCCCAAGUCAAUUUCUUUCCUCUCAGACAUCAGUCGCCUCUUCCUCACUCUCUGGAUGCGGUUUGUACUCAUAUCCGCACGGUCAAGGCCCAGCUGGAAUACCACCUGAUAGGGGGCAGUACUCUACCCCGCCUCAAUCUGCUCCGAGGCAGAUUCCGUCUGGCCAUUUAGUUCGACCUCCUGUUGCCUCCCGAGUAGAGGAGAAUAAUCCUGGGGCCGAUUCAACUUACGGUUAUCCCCGUGGGGGGUCGUGGGAAGCUCGAAAUGAGGAGCCUCUAAAACCUCGCCAUGAGCGAGGUUCAGAUCGUUCAGAGUUCAGUGGAUUCCCAGAUUUCCGUAGCCAAUCUGGAGCUGUAGUGUUACCUGAAAGAGGUCGGGCUGAUGAGUUUGCCCCAUCUCGUGAAGGGGCUGGUGAUUCCCGUGAUAGAGGUUCGUACGGUGCUGGAUUCAAUCAUCAAAACAAUGGUGUUUACGCUGAAAAACCAUUAGACGACUACGAACGACCCUAUGAUGGGUAUGAUAGCUAUGAGUACGGUGGUCGCCAUAACGGAGGGAGGCAAUAUUCUGAACAGUCGCACGGGUAUUCUCGCGAUGACAUAAGUAGAUACUCGGGUGCUGAGCGAGAUUUUUCUGUUCGACCACCGUGGCUUAGAGGUGAGAAUCACCAGUUUCAAAAAAGACCUAAUCAACUACCCGAUCCACCAGAAACGGCUCCCUACAAGCGCAGUAGAGUAGACGAUGUGUCACCCCAAGCGGUGUUUUCUGAGACCAGUUAUGUUGUAAGACUUUCAAUGUGUCCCGAAGAUGUGUCAGUGAAAAAUGUGUUUGAAAUCCUGAGGGGCGUUAAUAUAGUCCCGAAGUGGGGGAUUCGAGUAGAGGAGGAUGCACUGAAGCGUUUCACUGGCAACGUCUAUUGUAUGCUUAGUAGCAUCGAAUCGCAUCAUCGAGCGCUUCUGGCAAACGGGCAUAGUUUUCAUGGAAAGAAGGUCCAGGUCGUCGACUCUACAGUGGAUGAGUUUUUCCGAGUUACCGAUAGUAAUUUCCAAAGUAGAUGUCCGCCGGCUCUUGCAGGUAAAAUCCCGUCCAGGUCGUCGACGAAACCGAUUUACUUCGCUGAGGGCUGCAUCGAGCUUUCCGAAAUCCCAAAAGAUGUAACGGAAAAAGAUAUUGUGGAUUUCCUUGGUGUUCCUGGUCUGGUCGCUGAAAGCGUUAAAGUUGUCCAGUCGGAAGGACGUGGUCCCACCACUGCUCUUGUUCGGCUUCCUUCCGCCCGGGAUUUGGACAUACUUCUGGGUGCCCCGCCGCGUCCGUUUGGUCCCAAUCAGACUCAAAAUGUUCGUCUCUUAGCCGUUUCGCGUAUGCAGUUUACCUACUGUGUAUCGAAACCAACUCAGCCUAAGAAGCCUGAACCUCAGGUCUCCGAUGCGUCCGAGAGGCGCCCGCAGAACAAUUCGGAACGAAUCCCAGAAUCAUCGACCUCUCCAAGACCUGAACCCAAAACAUGCUGCUUUCUGUAUGGAUUUUCUCGGGAUGUCACAUCUUUUGAUAUUGCAAGAUUAUUUCCCAAUGUGCUCAUUCCCGGCGAUUCCAUCCACAUCCUUUCAUCAAACCGAGCCGCCGCUAUUGACUUUAUCAGCGAGAAUAACUGCAAGAAGGCCCUUACCGACUUUUCCAACGCCGAAGCGGAUCUCAAAACUACUCAUCGGGACAUUUGUAUGCGUGCUAUUUCUAGGUCUGAUUAUGAACAGAAAAUUCGUCAUGGUGGUCCUCAGGCCCCGUCUGAACCCAUGCGCGGUGGGGAUAGAGACAACAGAGACUUCAGGCAGCCUCCAGCUCAUCUUUCACACCCUCCAAGAGGCAUUGGUCCCAGGCCGUUCAUUCCUCCACAUAGACAAAAUCCUCCAUUUCGUCCUGCUGGUCCUCCUCCAAAAUCUGGAACUUCUAUAAAUGUGCAUGUUUCGAACCUCCCCCCACGAUGUCAUCCAGAUGCCGUUUUUGAUAUCUUCCGGCGAUUCCAUCCACUCCCGGGGUCGUUGCGUUUCCGUCGUGAUCCACAAGGUAUAUUCAUGGGCGAGGCACUCAUCACGUUUGGUUCCUUUGCGGACGCUGAACGAGUUGCGCAUGAAAUGAACAGAUAUCGCUUCUUCGGCAAAAGUCUCGCUGUGCGGAUCCAUCAACAGUAA